AUGAGCAGAGAGACAGCCAGAAAAGAAAUACAUAAAACACUGAGUCUUUGCAACUUUUUCACACGUCAGAUUGGCUUUUCAUUCAUCGAUGAUUUGCCUAGUACUGCAUUCGGUCGUUUGAGAUCUUAUAUAUGGUUUACGAUAUCUGCAACUUUAUUGUUUUUAAUGGCGAGCGCAGAAAUUAACUACGUCACAUUGAAGUUAAUAAAAUCUUCAUCGGUGGUUGAAUUUGUUGCCAGUUUACAUAUCGUUGGAUAUGAUGCAAUGAGUUUCGGGAAAUUAUUGACGAUUUGGUACAAAAGAAAUGAAUUCAGACAACUGGUUAAUGAACUGGCUGAUAUUUGGCCAAUGUCCGAUGACGACAAAGAAGAAGUAAAUAUAAAACGAAGUCGAACAUCGUCCCUGCGUAUUGCACAGUUUUACUAUGCUUUUUGGAACGUUUUAGGAGUUUGGUUAUACAACUUAACUCCGAUUGUUGUGUUUGUAUAUCAUAAGGUAAAAGGUGAGCCUGCAGAUUUGGGAUACAUUUGGCACAUGGCUUAUCCGUUUGACAAAACCAAACCGAUAUAUCAUGAACUGGUGUUUAUUUUUGAAGCGUGUGGAGGUAUGAUCUCAGUGUGCUCUAUGCUUGGAUCUGAUAUAUUAUUCAUGACAAUGGCGAAUCACAUCAGUUUGUUAUUACGUCUACUUCAACUAAGAAUCCGUAGACUAGGCAGUACAAAAGCCAGCAGCACAAUAGCAAACAACAGCGAACAUGUACACGACACUUACGACGAAAUUAUAUCAGCUGUAAAAACUCAUCAACGAUUGAUCACAUAUGGAACUGAUUUGGAGAAUGCCUUUUCACUUGUUAAUCUCAUUAAUGUUUUGUUAAGUUCCGUUGAUAUUUGCUGCGUUGUUUUUAACAUUCUUUUAGAUCCAUGGAUGGCGAUGAGCAAUAAAUUCUUUUUGGGCGCAGCGCUCACCCAAGUCGGCAUACUAUGCUGGUAUGCACAUGAGAUUUAUACUUCGAGUUCGGGAGUAGCUGACGCAGUAUACGAAAGUGCAUGGUACACGGAAAACAUUCGUUGUCAAAGAGCGCUACUUAUUUUGAUGCAAAGGUCACAAAAACCGUUAUAUUUCACAGCGUUGAAGUUUCACUCCAUCACAAUGAGUACUUAUAGCUCGAUUUUAACAUCGUCUUAUUCGUAUUUUACUCUCCUCUACACCACGUAUCGUAGAGACUAA